AAAGCCUGGCAUGCUGCAGUCCAUGGGGUCACAAAGACUCAGACAUGACUGAGCGACUGAACUGAACUGCACUUUCCCAAUUUGGAACCAGUUCAUUGUUUCAUGUGCGGUUCUAACUGUUGCCUUUGGGGAAUUCAGCUUACCCUAGGGCAAGCAGACCUGUAACUAGAUAUGGCAUUAUUGUGUUGAUAUUGAGAUGGGGUGCACAGAAGGAACAGCUAUGGGGGCCAGAGGAAGGACAGAAGACUCUGAAAACCAGAGACCCAGUGUGGAAGACAGAGGAAUCAGGGUAUAGCUGGGCCUGAUUCUGGAAAGGGUGGGCCCCAAGCCCAGGGGCUUAGCUUCUAAGUCUGAGAAGAGCAGACGUGUCUGAAGUAGAUGUAUGUCCCCUCACAAUGACAAGACUUCAAGGUAAGGUCUGGGGCCUUCCAGCCCUGAACUUUCAGAAGGACGCGGCCAGGGUCCGGUUCGUGACUCCUAGAGUCAGUGGAAGCCGGAAGUUUCGGGCUUGGGGGGUCGGGGCUACGGGCCCGACCCAUGGCGCCUAAGAAGAAGGGGCUGCGCGCCGGGCGCCAGGGGGCCGCGGCGGGAGAGGGCGCUGAGCCGCCGCUGUCGGAGCGCCGUCAGUACCUGCAUCGGCAGCACAAGGGGCGCUCUGAGGAACUGCAGGCCUGCAGGCAGCGCUUGGAACAAGUGAGGGCUGACAACCGUUUGGUUGACAGCGAGGCGGCGCGCCUGCGCGAAGGGAACCUGUUUUCCGUCACCUACCGGAGCAGGGGCGCGCAGCGCUGCGCCAACUCCGCCCAUAGGCGUGAUCGGGAGGGCGGCGUGGACCUGCCGCAGAUUUACAGGCAGCGCGCAGAGCUGACUUCAAUCUACCGCGCCCGUGAGGACGGGCUGCGCGCGCAGCUGGUGGACGUGCAGGCGCGCGCGGCGCAGUUGGAGCAGCAGGAGCAGAAGCUGCAGCUCGGCAUAGUCAGAGCUGCAGCGGCAGCAGCUGGCCCAGACCCGGGCUCUGCGGCGGGAUCUGCUGAAAAUGGGUGUGGAGGACAGGCAGCAACUCCACUGCGCGAGGCAGCGCUGGAGCGCCAGGCGCGCCAGCAGGAGGCGGUGGGCGCGCUCCGGGCGCGCAUCCAAGGCACAUCCAUCCGGGCGGACCGCGGGCCCCUGCGGCCGGAGUUGCCGCCGUCCCACCGGGCCCAGGCGCUGUGGAACCAGCCGCGCCAGCUGCCGGACCGCGGCGAGCGGAGGACACGCGGGGCCUGGCGUGCGUGCUCGGAGGCGCGUCUUUGGCCCGUUUGGGCCGAUACGAGCGAUCAGAUGCGGGCUCCAAGCUCCCGCCCUUGCGGGUGUCCCACCGCCCUGCCAGGCUCGUCCGCAGGUCUCAUAGCCCAUCACCACCGGCCCCAGUGGACAGCGACCAAGAUGAAGCCGCCUCGGGAGAGCCCGAACCUACCUCGAGGAAGGCUAGUGAGGCCAGAAGGUGGCGGGGAAAAAAGUCCACUUUCCCUGCUAAAUAAAGGCAUGACUCCUUCCUCCACUCUCCGCUCUGGCUGUGGGUUUUUCAUAAAUGCCCUUGAUUAAGUUGAGGAAGUUCUCUUCUGUUCCUGGUUUGUUGAGUGUUCUUACCAUGGAAGGGUGUUAGACAUGAUCAAAUGCUUUAUCUGCACAUGUACAGUUGUUCUCGGAGGUACAGAACUUGAUAACAACAACAAAAACAGUAGCAAUACUGUACCGCACUGAGAGCUGAGAACCACUACUGUGGUCUCUCCUGACCCCAACUGCUCCCCUUGCCCCCCGGGAUCCUAAAGCCCCCGAGAGCCCCCCUCUGGCUACAGAUGGGCCGGUAUCAUCUGCCUUUUUUGGAGAGAGAAGAGAGAGGGGCUUGCAGCUGCCCAGGUGUGAGCAUCGGACAGGUGUCUGAGAUGGGAGGGUCCUCGCUGCUGCCCCUGAUCAGUUGUACUGUGGGCAGGGGCUUCUCCUGCAGACCUUGAGUUCUCUGCCCUUGAUUCUCAGAGCAGCGACGGGUGAGUGAGCCCUGGAGCCCGCAGGGACCCUGGGGCCCUGGAGGCGGAGGCUGAGAGGUGGAGGCCGCGAGGGGGAGGCCGGGAGGGGGAGGCUGAGAGGUAGAGGCUGGAGGGGGAGGCUGAGAGGUAGAGGCUGGGAAGGGGAGGCUGGGAGCGGGAGACUGGGAAGUCGAGGCUGGAGGUGGAGAUUAGGAGAGGGAGGCUGGGAAGGGGAGGCUAGGGUUCAGCCACCUCAUCAGACCACAGUUGGUGCCUGGCAAGCAUCUGGGACAGAGUGGCUCCUAAACUCCUAUUUUGAAAGAAUGAAUGGAUGAAUGAGUCCAUGAGUGGGACGAUCCUGAGACUACCAGAAUAGCAGCAGGGACAGGGGCCCCAGUCCCAGGUUGUGAAGGACAGACAGAUCUCAGGUCCAUCUCAUGGGAAGCAGAGCAUCUUCAGGAGACAGAACUGUCCUGAGCAAAUUCAGACUCUGGGUGGCCUCACCUUGGGCCCUUCCCUUUUGCACAGGCACACAUGCAGAGUGAGCAGACCUGCAGAUGCAGACACAUGAGGGUCUGUGCCCCUCUGGGUCUCCCAGUCCUUCCCCAUCACCUCCAGAGCUGACCUACCCUGGGUUCCCCUCCCUGCAUCCCAGGUCCAGCUCCUCCCUCAAGGGGCUCACAGUCUAAUGAGAGCAAACACCACCACCUGGACCUCCACGUCAGCUGGUACCCUCCGUAUAGACAUUGAGCCCAGGGUGGGGGUGUUGCUGGGAGAGCCUGGGGUCCUGGGGGAGAUUGGAGGGGCAGCUGGGAGGUCUAGAAGAGCCUGGGGGAUCCUGGGCUCCUAGAGGGGCAUGACUGUUUCUAGCUCAACCAGCUCUGAGGGCACACCUGGGGGUGUAGACCCCCGGCUCCGCCGGCCCGUGCAGUGGAGCGGGGAGUGCCAGAGCAGUGUGAAUCUCUGCUCCUACCAGGUAGACUGAUGUGCGCACCUGCUCGGCGACAAUGACUCAUUGCUAUUGUGCCGUUUUCUAAAAGGCACUAAUCCAUUCCCUGAUAACUAGGGGGGAGCCGCUACUGGCAGCAACAAAGACGCAGGGCAGCCAAAAAUAAACAAAUAAGUACAAAGAGAGGGUAUGUUCAUGAGCUCAGAAGUGCCUCCAAAAUCUCUGUCAGACACUAAAAGUAGCGAUCACCAAGCGAUAGGACCUGUGCAGACAGCAGAGCUUCAGGUGCCGUCAUCCUCCUCCGCGUUUGCUCUGAGCGUAACCCCUGUAAUCGCGGCACUGGUCUUGCAGCUCCGCCUCGUCUGGGGCUGAUCCCCGAGGCUCUGUCGUCUGAGUACGCCUCCCGUCUGCAACCUCCCUGUCCCCUCGUUUCAAAAACCAUCUCCAGUGUGGCUAAGCUUCAUCCUUUGCAGGUGGAUUUAUCUUAUGGUAAGAGUCUGGUGCUAAUCAAGAGCAACCUCGAAGCCCCUUGAGGACCUAUGUCUUAUUUUCUGGUGACUUCUCUCUUUUAUUCUGAUAGCCUUGGAAUGGAACCUGGGAAAUCAUUGGCUGUCUACACAAGCUUGUAAAAACUGUUGCUGAUUUCGAAACGUGCACAACAUGGGGGUUGCAAGCUCAGGUUUAUUUAUUUAUGUUUUAAUUGAAGCAUAAUUGCUUUGUAAUAUUGUGUUGCUUUCCGCCACACGGCAGCGUACAUCAGUCGUAAGCAUACGUGUGUCUUCUCUCUCUUGAACCUCCCUCCCACCCCUGCCCCUUCCACCCCUCUAGGUUUU